AGGAUUGUUAGUUAUUGGGUUGCCCUGCAGUCGCGGGCAUUUCACUAGUUUAUAAAUUUUGCGCCGUGUGAAGCCCUAACCAGAUCAGAUUCAGGUCGAUCGAUUUGGCUAGUACUCCCCGUCUGCGUUCUCUGUCAAGCUCUCCCCAUCUUCCCUCUCUUCGAUACCUUCUGUCUUGCCGUUCUUCAAUGGCUUCCUCUGUUAAUCGAUGGCUGAGGCCUGAGGCUUACCCUCUCUUUGCGGCCGUCGGUGUUGCUGUUGGCAUCUGCGGAAUGCAACUGGUCCGCAAUAUUUGCAUCAACCCUGAAGUCAGGGUGAGCAAGGAAGCCAGGGCUGCGGGAGUGCUGGACAAUUUUGCAGAGGGAGAGAAGUAUGCUGAGCAUUUCUUGAGGAAAUAUGUCCGCAACAAGAGCCCAGAGAUCAUGCCAUCCAUCAACAGCUUCUUUGCAGACCCAGAACAAAGCUAAAUACUUUUGCAUGGGCAUUUUUUUAAGCAGUCAUCUUAAUGGUUGAGAUACUUUUGCCCACCAUUCUUGUUUUGGUUGCCAUUGUGGUUGAAGAUUACAUUGAUUUGCUUUCUUUCUCAUGAGGUUGAGCUGGGGAAAAAAGUAAAAAUAAAAACUUUUCAUGGAUAAUAAUAUAAAUUUGAAAUGGAUUUGUUUCGA